AUGAUCAUUAUUCUUGGGACAGUCGAUCAAUUAUUCAAUUGGAGCAACAUUAUUGUCAUAGGAUGGCUCGCAUUAAUAUUUGCACCAUUUCACAAAUUAUCAAAAUAUUUAAUUUUUUUAUCAGCUUUUGUUUUAUCACUAUUGUAUACUUUAAUAUUUUUUCGAACAUUAUACUUUCAAAAAUCAAAUAAUCUACUAUUAGAUGUUUUUCAAUUAUCUGGAUGGCUCGGUUUAUUGAAAGAUCCAAUAUUGGUUAUCAGUAUUAUUAAUCAUUUGCGUGUUAUCGAUUUAUGGAUUGGUCGAUGGAUGGUAUACGAUUUUUAUAGUGGAUAUAGUUUUGCUUAUUGCAUUACAAGCAAAUCAAAUGGCAAAUAUUAUGUCGAUAGAUCGUGGACGUUUGGACGAAUUGUUUUUACUCUAAUUCUUUUAACAACUUAUAUGGCAGCACCAUUUGGGUUUUUACUUUAUACGUUGGCCAAAUCUACUUUCUUGAAAAAGUAUAGAAUUGAAGGUCGAAUCGAUAUAAAAAAUUAUCAAGAUUUCAUUGACAAAUCGCAUAUGUAUCAAAUUCAAACUGAUUUAUUCAAUCCUCACUACGUUCGAUUUGGUGAUAACUUUCCGAAAUCUUUACGUAAAAUCUAUCAUUUCGUACUCGGUAUAUUUGGAUUGUUGGUCUUGUUCGUUGUUGCUUUGCCAGCUUACAUUAUUUUGAUUAUUUAUUGUCGUAUUACUUAUCGAGCUCCAUCGGCAUCAACACAGCAGCCAGAUGUAAAUUCGCAGGCAAUUCCAAACAAGAUAAUUCCUGAAUAUGUUCGUAAUGUUACGACAACAAUGAGAUUAAAGUUAAUUGCUACAUCAAUGACUAAAAGAAAUUUCAUUUGGCAUUUAAAAUUUUUGCUUUUACAAUUAGCAACAUUUAUUGAAUAUAUUCUAAAUGAAUCUAAUCCAAAUGUAUUAUUUCAUGCAUUAGAAGAUUAUUUUGCCACAGUUUACAAUUUACCGUAUUUUGUAUUUGGUGACGGUAUUGGUGUUGGUUCGUAUGAAUUAGUGAAACGAUAUAUACAAGAUGUUCCGCCACAUAAAGGUUUAGAAUCGUUGGGCUGGAAAGUUUCGUCGUCUCAAGAAACAUUUUGUGAUUUAACGACUGUAUUUCUUUCAUCAGAUAACCCAGAUAUGAAACUAAGUCGUCACAUUAUUUUUCAAUGGUUACAUGCCUUUCCUCAUCAUCUAUAUAAGGCGAAUUUUGAAGCACAACUCCAUUUAUCUCGAAUUGUACCACGUAGAAUUGAUGGACAACCAAGCAAAUAUAUUGUAUAUCAAGCAAUUGGCGAAGUGAUGUUUUUCUUGGCGACAGGCGGUGAAUUAAGAAAAAAUGAACGAGCUGCUUUUAUUGAUUGUGUCGAAACACCAUUCAUAUUUUUUCCAAACUGGUUCAAUUUUUUAUUAUUUGGAAAUUAUUUCGAACGAAGAACCUUAAAAAGUUAUUACACACUACUUCAAGCGUUUGCACGACACAUUGAUGAACCUGCAUUAUGUGCUGCUAUUACUGCAGCAGACAAUCAAAAGUCAAAAUCUGAAGUAUUGAAAUUAAUUACUAUCGUAUUUUGUGUUGCAGGAAGUAUUGCUCCGUCUAAAUUAGCAGUAACUGUUCUCGAACGAUUAUGGUCGAAUCCAAAGAAAUAUGUUCAUUUAUUUCGAAAAAAUCCACACAAUUUUAUUAAAGAAAGUGCACGACUCGAUAAAGUUGUACCAAUGGUGAAUGUUUUAGCUACACAUGAUAUUGCUAAUGAAAUUGAAAAUGAAUUUAAGAAAAAAAAUGAAAAUAUCAAUAUUUCUGAAAAUACGCCGAUUCAUUGUUCAAUUGUCAAUGCAAAUCGUGACAAGACAAUAUUUCAAAAUCCUGAUGAUUUUAUGCCAGAAAGAGCUGAUUUGAAUAAAAUCAUUGUAUGGAAUGGUGUCGAAGAAGACAUUAUGAAUGUCGAUAAGACAAAACGACCAUUGCGCUACUGUCCAGGACACGAUCUAUCUCUUGAUGUUAUUCAGUUUAUAGCUGAACGAUUUGCACCACCUAUAUUUGAUAAUAAUGAUAAUUAUUACGCAAAGAAAACAGGUAAAUUUUCUAUUGAUCAUUAA